AGAAAUGCUUUGUACAGAAUUGUUCUUUCUUUCUUUUACAAAGUCAAGUUAUUUUAUGCAAAGUAAUGGUGCCUAUUCUUAAUUUAGGUUCUUGUUUCAAUGGGGUGUUGGAGAUUUAGCUUUAAUACCUUUGCGUUUUAAUUUGCUUGUUUACACUUGCUUUUUUUAAUCUCCCUUUUAUCACGAAUAUGGGAACAUGUAGGUGAUGUUUGUGAUUUUCUUGCAAGCCUAGUUAACUACUAUUGAGUAAUGGCACCAAAUCCCAGAGUUGUGAGUGCCUUUCGUGCAAUGAAGGCUAUUGGUAUAAAUGAAGAUAAAGUGAAACCAGUUCUAAAGAAGCUUCUGAAAUUAUAUGAUAAAAACUGGGAACUUAUUGAAGAAGAAAAUUAUAGAGUUCUAGCUGAUGCCAUAUUUGAUGAUGAUGAUUCCAAGGGACCAAAUUUUGGGGAAGAAGCUGAGGUGCAUGAUGAACCUGAACAGCCACUUAAACGACUGCGGUCAAGAGGCCAAGAAGAGCAAGCUUCUGCAUCUCCUAAUAACUGUAAUCUGAUAGCAGGUGGACCUCCAUUGAAAAAGCCUAAAGUAGAGGAAGAAGCAGUACGGGGCACAAAUUCUCUGCAAAGAUCACCAGAUAUGAGAAAGUCUCAACAUGGGUCUGUUUCAACCCAGAAUCAUUAUUCACAGUCACCUCAGGUGCGGCACUCAUACAAGGGAAAAGAACCUAUGUUGCCUCAUGUUGCUUCCGAAGAAAAGAGACCUUCUGUGGAGAGACCAUCUCAUGCAGUGCAGAUUAGAGAUCCUGUAGUUGAUCGAGGCAAACAAAAGAUGCCUGAAUCUUAUGCUUUAAUUAAGCCUAAAGAUGAGCCUUUUACUGACGACUUGCCUCCCACAGACCUAGAGGCUCCUCUUGCAAUGAUCCAGCCACCUCUUGCAAUGAUCCAGCCAGAUUCUACUGUUAUGAGUCUGUCACAAGGAAAGCCGGAUGAUCAGGAGUCUCCUGCAUCCCAUAGUGGAGCAGAAGAAAAUGGAUGUGAUAGUCUUCGAGCGUCAUCAAGUGAAAAACGAAUCAACUCUGAGCUUGCAGCUGUUCAAGAUGGAUCUCCUGCUAACUUAGAGGUUGCCUCCUCAUCAUUGGGAGAGGUGAAGAUUUCUUUGAGCUGCGACUCUAUGCUUGGAAGACCAAAUUUUCAUAUGCCUAGUCAAGAUGAAUUUCUGAAAUCGAUGCAGGAGAAAUGUCUCCGGUCAUAUAAAAUUCUUGAUCCUAAUUUUUCUGUCUUGCAAAUGCUGAAAGAUAUGUGUGAGUGCUUCCUGGAAUUGGGAACUGAUUCCUCUCAUGAAUCGCAGGAAAGGUUAAUGAAUGUAACAACAACUGUUGAUGUAUUGAAGAAAUCAGCUGCCUGCUGUGGUUUGGGUAAUGGAUCAAUUGAUGCACGUAGUUGUACUGAGGUGUCUGUACAUCAGAUUGCAAGGCAACUACAAUCCUUCACUGAGGGUACACACACUAGUGCCAAUGGUUCUGUUGAAAUUGACAGAGGACAUGAGUUGAGAGACCCCAAAUCACAUAGUUUGGUGGUUGUUCCACAGCAUCAACUCACUUCUGAAGAGAUAAGAUCUAUUCAUGAUUGUAAUGACAUAACUAAGGGCGAAGAGUUGGUUGAGAUCUCAUGGUUAAAUGAAAUCAACAAUGAGUGUCCUUCAUCUUUUAACUACAUUCCUGAAAACCUGAUUUUUCAAGAUGCUCAUGUGAAGUUCACUCUUUCUCAAAUUAUAGCUGAAGAUUGCUGUUCUACAUGUAUUGGUGAUUGUCUGUCCUCAACAACAGUUUGUGUUUGUGCUGCUGAAACUGGAGAUAAGUUUGCAUAUACAUCAGAGGGCCUCCUGAGGGAGGAUUUCUUAGAGGACUGUAUCUCUAUGACUCGUGAUCCUCACCGGCAGUGCCUCUCCUAUUGCAAAGCUUGCCCACUUGAUAAAUUAAUGAAGAGAAUAAAUGCCAAUACUUAUUGCAAUCAUCAUCACUUUGGAUGAGUUCAUUGUGCUUUG